UCCAUAUACUUUACAUCUAUAUCUACCCUAAUCGUGUCUCAAUAUGAGUAUGUCAAAGCCCACCGCGAGCGACAUUUUAGUAUGUUAUAGCUGCUCGUAUUCUGUGCCGUGACUGGGACUCGACCAGAAUCUGCACUCCACACCGCUAGCACAAGGCUAGUACGGGGGCUCUGCAAUGUAAAGACCGCUACACCACCGCGGCGGUUGUUGUACAGUAGCCCUCGACCCUCAAAUUAUAGCCCCACUCUUCUGGACGCCUCAGGCAGCAAGGAUGCCCUACCACCGUCCAUUUUUGUGGCGUAUUGCUUUUUCUGUGGGUGUUGUGAUAUGGAUCGUGGGGAUUGUUUACUUGGUGGUUCUUGUUGGUGGGAUGAUGGGAUGCCGGCGCUAUGUAUCUGCUUCGACGAGGAGGAGGAGGAGGAGGAGGUGGUUGUGGUGGUGGCACUGGUUGAUCUGCGAGCUCGAUGGGCUGCAUAACAUGGGCAUGGGUCUUGAGGUAUGGGCGAGACUCAGUUACAGGUUGGUGCCAGGGUGGUUGUUGUCGUUGCGAUCUCCUGCGAUGUCGUAUGUAGGAUUGAAGACCCGAUUCCCUUGAGAGUGACGUCGUGCUCGUAUGCCGGCAGGCUGGAAU